GGAAGCGCAUGAAGCACGUUUCAAGACUGCUUUCAGUUUAAUGACAUGGCCGAGUCGACAGAAGGAAAUAGCAGAGGUAAUGUCAGCGAUCUCAUUUUAGAGACUGGAGCAGUUUUGCUCAAAGACUUUAUCGCUGAUCGGGUGCGUCGCCACUGUGGUGAAGAUUUAAAUAUCACUCAUUUGCAACUGGGGGGAGGUGAGCUGUGCAACCCCACCCACAAAGAAUUGGCACAGUGCCUUAAACGGAUAGGCGAUGACCUGGACAACAAUACAGAACUGCAGAGAAUGAUCGAUGACCCGAACCUCAAGGCUACCAAGGACGUGUUCAUCCAAAUAGCUUGUCAGAUUUUCUCCGAUGGCAAGUACAGCUGGGGUCGUGUGGUGGCGCUCUUCUACUUUGCUUGCAGGCUGGUCGUGAAAGCACUUCUCCAGAAAGUCCCUGAUAUAAUCCAAGCCAUAAUCACCUGGACCAUCAACUUCUUGCGGGACCAUGUGGUCAGUUGGAUCAGAGAGCGCGGUGGCUGGGAGGACAUCCGGUCAUACUUUGGGACGCCCACCUGGCAGAUGGUUGGCAUCUUCCUGGCAGGUGUCAUCACUGCCCUCCUGGUCAUUCACAAAAUGGGAUAAGAAAGGAGAGAGGAGUCUGGUCACAAAGAGUCCACUUCGAGGGGAAAGUUGGACCAGACAAAGCUUGGUUUUGUCACUCAUGUCAUACACACAUGUCCAGAUGUCAAGCGUAAAAUACGGUAGAGGCAAUGAGGUAUGACGGGCUUCCGAGUCCUGGGAGAAUUCGGGAAGGCUGGAUUGCGACAUAUCGUGAAGGUUGGGAGUUCAUUUUAUCACUUGUUAAGAUCAAAUCUAAGCAGGACCGAUUUAUUUCACACCACGUCGUCCUUUAUCCUUUCAAGCUACCAUACCUUUCUACCUCAGCACCAUACAAGUGCACUAUGUGUAAGUGACAAAUGAAACGCCUUGUGUACGUGCAGCAGGUUUUUUUUUUUUUUUUUUCUUUAAAAAAAAAAAAAUGAAUAUUUGGUGUCUUGUAUUACAUAUCUGACUUUCCGUUAUAGGUAUGUUAUUGCAGUUGCACAGUUUGGUACUUGGUGUAGCACAUAUCAAGAUACCGGGAGCUCGUUGCGUCACUUCACAUUUACAUCUAUUCAUUUAGCAGACACUUUUCUCAAGUGAUAUACAUUUCAUAGAAAAUACAAUUUGUGCAUUACCUUAAUUUGCUAUACCUUUGGAUUCUUAAACGAAAUUGUGGUGCAACGUGUAUUUGUUGCUCAUUAAUUUCUUUGUGAAACUUAGUUUCACUCAAACUUUUGUUGUCAGCGCAUGGAUAGGACAAGCCGAAUUUAAUUAAUCUUGUAAAUUGAACAAAUUAGUCCUUAAAACCCAAAGUAGAGCAGUGUUUUGAAUAUUUAAGAUUUUGACAAUUUUCUAAUGAAUAAAAAAAGCUAAUUGGUUGCUGUUUUAUACUCUCCCAAAAUUUAACCAAUUUAAUUUGACUAUGCAUUGAUGUCAAUAUAUAGUACUUGAAUAAGUGCAGUGUAGAUGUAUGAAGCCGAACUUGAAAUAAGUGCUGAGGAACUGCAAUAAAGGUGCGUGUAGAUAUUUGAUUUAUUUAUGUGGGGGCUGGGGUUCAUCAAUGGGGCUAAGUUUAUUCAAAUGUCGGAGCUGUAUAUGGAUUUUUUUUUUUUUUUUUUUUUUUUUUGAUGAGUGAAAGGAUAUGAACAAAUAUGUUGCAUUGUUGUGUAAAAAAUGACAAAUUGUUUUAUAUGCACUUAGUGCAAGUUCAGUUUUUUUUUUUUUUGGUCUGGUUGUAUUUCUGGAAUUGUCACCUGGAUUGUCCUUCACAGUUUA